GUUUAACUUUCUGUUUCUUUUUCGAUUCUCGACUGGUCUGAGAUGAGUGCCUGUUCAACCAGAAGCGCUUAGCAUGACAGCAACCGACCCCAUUUCGAGCAUAUCAAGCGUGUAUAUGAAUUCCACUGAUUAAUACAGUGUAAAGCGCACUUAAGCCAAAUAGUGACAGUUUGCUUGGAAGCAGCUAAUUUUCUAGUUACGCCCUAAGCUGAGAGGGUUUAGCAGUAAGCUAGCUGUGCUAGCUUCACUUCCUGGUUAUACAACAGUAUCCUUGAAAGCUGAGACGAAACCAGUUUUCAGCCGAGCUAGAAAAAAAAAAAAAAGAAAGAAACCUAGCUACUGCAGGUAGCUUUGAGUGGGAUAACUGAAAUCUUUUUGGUUUGUUCUUGGAAGCCAAAUAAGUGUAUAUUUCCAUGAAAAGUAGUGAAGCAAUGAGACUAAAAUCUAAGUGAUCUUGUAUCAGGAGGAACGCAGAAACGCCAGCCAAUGCCUCGCCUUCAUGGAGAAUGACACUACUAUAUCGAAAGAAGGCCUGCAACAUGUUGCAAAAAAAGUAGCGACUGGGGCAGCUUAGGGCUAGUAAUGAGGUAAAACAAUUAAUGAUGUGAUUUGAACGUGAUGUCAGCAGGUGAUUGUAAUCAUGAUUUGGUACAAAAUCAGUGUCCAAGGAAGGCCUAGUCUUUGAGGAGCAAGUAUGUGCAGAGGAUCUCCAGUUUGUCAACCGGCGCAUGAGAAAAUUCUUUAAAUAAUUAAAAAAAAAAUGUUCGUCACAGAAAGAUAGGAACGAAUAUGGAUAUUUCGCCUUCUACAGUGCAUGAUAUCUUGAAACAAUUCAAGGAAUCUGGAGGAAUUUCAGUGCGGAAAAGGGCAAGGGCCCAAGCCUAAGCUGAAUGCCCGUGCUGUCCAGUCCCUCAGACGGCACUGCAUCAAAAACAGUCAUUCAUCUACAGCUGAAAUAACCACAUGGGCUCAGGAUUACUUUGGUAAACCUUUGGCAAGCACCUCCAAUACAGAGUUACAAAUGCCAAUUCAAACUUUACUGUGCAAAAAGGAAGCGUUAUGUUAGAUGUGUUGUCGACCUCUCUGGGCUCGGAGGCAUCUGGGAUGGACCAUCGCACAGUGGAAAGGUGUACUGUGGUCAGACGAAUUCCAGGUCAUUUUUGUAAGAAAUGGAUGCUGUGUGCUCCAGGCCAAAGACGAAAAGGACCAUCCAGACUGUUACCAGCAACCAUGGUAUAGGGUCGUCACUUCUGUGACGGCAACAUUAAUGCAGAAAAGUACAUUGUGAUUUUUGGCGCAACAUAUGCUGCCUUCAAGAUGACAACUUUUCCAGAGAUAUUUCAACAAGACAGUAAAAAACCACAUUCUGCACACAUUACAAAGGCAUAGCUGUGGAGGAAGAGGGUGCCUGUCCCUUCUGUCCCCAAUAGAGAACGUGUGGUGAACUUUGAAAGGAAAAAUACAACAACAACCCUGUACUGUUGCACACCUUAAGACCUGUUCGCAGAAAGAACGGGACAGAGUAACACCUGAGACGCUUCCUCGCUUGGUGUCUUCAGUCCCUAAACAUCUUUUAAGUGUUGUGAGAAGGAAUGGCAACAUUACAAAGUGGUCUUCUUGAGCCAGUGCUUCCUGGCUCAGUAACCUUUGAAAGCAGUAUUUUAGCUCCUCUUCGUAACAACUAUUUGUAUGAGAAGUCCAAAGAGUCUUUUACCUACAAUUCAGCACAGUUGAUCCAUAAUGUAGCGCUACAAAAAAGAUAUGCAGUUUUUCGUGCUGAAAAACUUCAAAAUGGGUACUCUGAAGAGGAACUUGAGGAGUCAUUCGGCUUCUUGUUGCUUGAUGACAAGUCCAGGGCAAAUAAACUUGCGGACACAGGCCUAAUUGUUGGGCAAGGGAUGUGCACCACUCUUGGAGAUGAUUCAAAGGGUGUGUAUAUCUCAAAGUACUCUGACUGCCUUGACCUAAAGCUCUGGUAUGAUGGCAAGACCGGCUACAUUGUUCUGUUAAAGUUGACAAAGGGUCGUGUGAAGGAGGUGACGGAAAACUACACGCAAAACUUCACACCUCCAACUGCUGGGUAUGACUGCCAUGUAUCUGAGCAGCUCAGAGCAGUGUGUGCAACCACCAGCUCCUUUCUAGCAUUUGAAAGGACUCAGUAUUAUAUGUAUGAGCUGCUGGAUGGAGGGGAAAAGGUUGAGCCAUGCCCAAGGCAUGUGUGCCCAUUCGCCAUUGUGGCUUUCUCCUAUGGAAAAACUGCUAGCUCUUUGGAGUUGAAAGAGAAAAGUCAAGAAAAAUCAGCAUUUCAUUACCAACCCUGGAGAGGCCAUUUAAAGAUUGAGUCAAUUUUGUACAACAUUGGGUUGAAGUCCAUCCACGGAGCCAUGUUUCCUGCAAAUCUUCCAAAAACAGUUAAAGUUGACCAUGCCAUUGGAGUCUCUGAACUGAGAAAAACUUUGCCCCAAGAGGUUUUUGAAACGUCUCCUCUUGGUGGAGUUUCAUUAGAUGGCAAAUGGUUUAGUAUGUACAAUGUCAUUUCCUUUGAAGCAAGAAAUGACCUAACUUUCUUAACUCAAGAGUUGAAGGAGAAGGACAUGGCCCUUGUGAUACGUUUGGAAGAUGGUGGUUUCCUUGUACUUCUUCAUUCAUCUAAUUUCCUCUCCUACGAAGGUGCAGGCACGGAUAAAGCCUUCGCUCUUCAAGGAAUGUUUGUUUAUUCUGAAUCCAGAACUGUGCCAAGAGAGACCAAGAGUGGAUACCGUAAGGCUACAGUUUCAUCUGAGGUUCUUCAAGUUCUCCCUGCCCUGAAUUAUGCUGAAUUAGAAAUGGAGAAGUGUCCUCCGAAGCAAAACGAGGAGCCCCUUGGCGUAAUGGAGAAACAUUUGCAGAACUUUGCUGCUCUUAUUUUUCCAGGGCUAACUAGCAGCCCUAGUAGGGAGGCUAGUAUGUUUCCCGAUCAGUAUGAUGUACCUGAUGGUUUUCCUCUCGUUGCCCCAAAGUGGACAGAACAGACGGGAGAUCGCCUCAAGACAUAUUUAGAAAGUCCAAGCAGUUUUCAAAUUCCAGUGGCGAGGGCACUGGAACUCCUUGCCGCUGGAAAACAGCAGCGCAGCGAUGAUCAGGACGAUGAUGAUGUCUAUUACUAUAUAUCAUCACCCGAGGCCCCUCAGACUCCUGCUGACAUUGUUUUGGAAAGAGAUUUGCCUAAUGAAACUGAUCAUUCAACUUGCAGGAAUGUUUCUGAUGAGGCGAAAGAAACAGCUGAGCAGCAAGCUGAAACAGAAAAGACUGUAGCUGCCGAACUGCCCCAUGGUGCUUCGAUGGAGGAAGUCAGCACACCUGGGGCAGCAGUCAUUGCAACACCUGAUGAUAACCUAGGUGAAAGGACAGACCCUUCACCCACGUCAGGUGACCUCCCUACAGAACACUAUGCUCAGAUUGUUCAUGCAGUUAACACUGCUCAGGACAGUGAGAAAACAUCCGAGUGUGCCUCAGUCGAGGACACAUGCGGCGGAGAGGAGUUUUCCGGGGCGAUUUUGAAAGAAACUGUUCAGACCACCAGUGUGGCGUUGUCAUCCACAGAAAUUGGAGAUGAUUCCUCGACUCUGACAUCGAAUGCUGAGAUGGAGGUUGAUCAGUCAAAGAAAGUAGACAGUUUGUCAGACGUGCUCCCUAAGGUUGGAGGUCAGAUACCUGUCGCAGACAAAGUCCUACAGGAAGCCGACCUUCCAACAUCCAUUUCACCUCCUACUACAUCAAUAAACCGGACUGAAGCAUUAAUUAAAGAUUGUACAGAAGUACAGCCAGAGGCAACUACCAGUGUUCCUUCUGAGGCGAAAUCUGUGCCAAACCGGCGUGGAAAGAGGAGAAGGAGGAAAAGUUUAAAACGCAAAACUCAUAGAGUCAGUCAAAUCACAACCUCACUUCCAAACACUACUUUACCUGUCUGUCCUUCGACAGAAGCCACUCCUGAAGAGAGUACCAAUAGUGACGCAACACAGUCCUCACCCAGCACACUGAAAAAAGAUUGGCGUUCUCUCCCAAGGCGCAAGAGGAACUGGAAUGCUGAUACCAAUAUGAAGCGGACAUUGAGGUCAGACUUGAAAAACACUGAAGCACCGUAUGAUCAAAAUGGUGAAACUGAGAAAAAUACCACAAUCACAGAACCUACUAUUGCAGGAAACGUUAUGCCCAGUACACCAAAACGAAAAAUGGAAGGAAUUAAUAUGAGAGAACGAUAUGGCCUGAAGACAAUAAUCACAGACUGUGGCUUUGUCUUCGUCCCCCAUGGCUCAGAAGUUGCUCCUGGAGACAUCAAGUCGAACGAAAAUAAGCAAGCUCAAGAAUCAUCUUCAGUUACACCUAACAGCCCUUCAGGGGAGAAGCCAACAACUACACCAACACACGAUAACCCUCAGCCAUCAGAAAUGGAAAACAGAGGUCAGCAUAUGCCCCUAACACACACACAAAACAUUUCACUGACUCCAGCUAAGGCACUGUCCUCUGGAGACGUUACUGAAAAAGUUCCUGUAUCCCCUAAAAACUCUGCGCAGUCAACUGAAAAACCUAAAAGUGCAGCGAAGGAUCAUGUGUACAAGGCAAUAUCCAUAAGUAAACUAAAGACAGUGCUCAAAAGAGCAAGAAGGACUGGCGCACAGGAUCAUGGGAAAUCGGUAUCGGAUAAUACAGAGCCUGAACUGAAAAAAGGCAAACUAAACAAUGAUGUAGAGUUGUCAGACAAUAGCAAAUCGACUCUUCAUUGCAAUGAUAAAAUAGGCAGCACGUUACAGCAUAAUCCUGGGAGCCAAGAGCCAGUGGAAAACGCACCAUCUAAAUCACCCUUGAGGACCACAUCGUCUCAGGAGAAGCAGAUCUCAAAAGAAAAUGGUUACAACAAUUUUGACAACUUCCCCCCUAAUGAAACAGUUAAACAAGCCAACCAACGGCUCGUAUCUGAGCCAGUAGAGAGUAGGGUAGAAGGAAAGCGUAUUAGUUCUGAUGGCCAGAGCAAUAAAGAGGAAGCGGCUGUUGGUGUGCCUGCACCUUCAGAUGCUCUUAAUCUUCUGGCUGAUUUGGCCCUCAGAGUAAAUAGAGACAAAAUGUUGCCUAACCUGGGAGAAAAACACCUUGGAACCAAGACCACUAGCUCGCACCUAAGAGUCCUUCAUCUGUUGCGAGACCGCAACCCCAAGUUAAAAUUACCUCCUAAAUCUCCUUGUCCAGAGGGUCUUGUUGUGACUGGGGAUUUGAUAUUCGAGAUAUCAAAAGAGCAUUCUUACUCACAGCCCACCUCUCUGCCGUCAGGUUUGACAGGCAUAUGCCCCCAGGUUCAACCUCCAGUUGAAUGUGUCGCGUCUCGUCUGUCCAUGAAAUCUGACCUUCUACUGAAGUUUCCUGAUCUCACUAGUUAUCCAGGCUAUCGUAAUAAAGGAAGCAAAAAUGGAUGGAAAUUUCUUCCAACUUUAAGUCCAUCAGCCCCAGCUGCUGUCAAGGCCAAAGUAUGGAGUUCUCUGUUUCUUCGCUGUCGGAGCUUCACUGAAAAGGAGGGCUCCAUUCAAGUGACAAGGCAUUGGAAAGAAAAUUAUGAUUUCAAAUUUGACAGCAAGUUCACAAAUGACAAGCUAGACAAAUGCGUGACAAGAGCGCUGCAUGGCAAAUGGGAUUUCAGCAUUGAAGACAGUUAUGAACAGGUGCAUCUCAUCUUCCAUAUGUGGAUAGGCCUGUUCUACAGUAAACCCACUUCCAGAUUCUUUCAUUUCCAUAACGGCUGUCCAACAGUGGAAAGAAAAAAUCCUGAAAAGGUGUUACAGUGUGCUAUUAACAAGUCCACACCGCCGUCUGAUGCUGAUUUGACCUCAAAGGAGGAUAAACCAGCUUCAUUAAAUCCUGUAUCAGAUGCCCUUGACCUUUCAGUGAAAGUGUCUGGAGCUGUGGAUCACUGCACCACUGAAAAGGAUCCUACACCUAGUUCUGGUGUAGGAUCCGGACUGGAUCAUGUGAGCAAAAAUAAAGAGGCAGCUAUUAAACCAAGUUUAGACUAUUCUCCCAGUGUUCAAUCAGGAGGCGUUCUUACGGAUUACAGAUCGCCUGUGGAGCCCUUGGAUGAAAAUUCUGCGCCUGAUUCUAAUGACUGCAGUGAGACAGAGGAUGAUACGACGGAUGCCACUGAAAGCUCUUGCACACAACUCUUGGAGCACAAUAGUGCAUACAGUCAAUUGUGUGACCAAGCGUCAAACAUGAGAUUAAAUGAACAUAAAUUGUUCAGUGUGCAAAAGAAUGAACUUGUCAGCAAGGAUCCAUCUUCAUCAAAGACCACGAACCAAACAAGUGCUAAUACGAAUUGCACUGAGACAAAAAACGUGUACGUGUUCCACCAGAUUGGCGGGCCUCUCAGGCCUCCGACUCUUUCAAAAGUGCAUGAUUCCUUCCAUGGAAGAAAAAUCAUCAAGUCAUUGGCCUUUAAGGAUAAGCACAAAGAUGAAGCCUCUGUAUCAGUGCACAGUGAGAGUGUAUCCAAAGACGAGCAGUGUAAAGCAGGAGGUAAUGAGGAAAAACCUGAAAGCGCAUCAGUGUGCGCGCACUCUGGUAAUAAGAAUGAGUGUGCACUUAAAAACAAGACAGGAAGCUGUUCUGUCAUUUCUGUUCCCGCGAAUGAUGAAAAUGAUGCAAAAAUUGAAGAUAAAUCUGUGCUUCUUGGCAAAGAUGAAACACCUGUGGUCAUUCAUGAUGUGAGUAAUAGUCCAAAGGAGAAAUGUGUGUCUGGUGAGAGUAGUAAUAAGGUAAAGUGUAAUGACAUGGUUGACACACGGACGGAUGUGCUUGACGUAAGUAACAAGACAAAGCAGGAGGUCAAAUCUGUAAUAGAUGACACACCGAGCCAUGACGCAAAUGAGACCAUACUUGUGGAGAUGCAUGUUAAUGACAAAGCAGCAGAGAAGGUUGGACCUGUACCUGAUGUCAGAGAUGAAAUUCCUUCAGAUAUACCUGACGUGGAUCAUAAAACUAAGGAGGAAGUUAAAUCUGUAAGUCACGCCUGGAGUGAUGCCCCUGGAGAAGUGCUUGUUGAUGAUAAGACAAAGGACAAAGUACCACCUGUAUCUGUUGAAGAUGACCCAUCUACGGAUGUACCUGAAGGGAUUAAAUCAAAGGAGGUGGUUAAACCUGUGAGCGACAACACAAGUUCAGAUGAUGUCAGAAAUGACACGUGUGUUAACGAUGAGACAAACGAGGUUCCAGCAGUGACUGAUAGCAAAGAUAUCACAUCAGUGUAUGAUGGAGAAAAUACUCCUCAUGGUGUGUGUGAUGAUGAAGAUGGUGGUGGUAAUGCCUCAGAUGAAGUUAGUUCUCCAAACAUCAGAGAUGUGUCUGGAGCUGUACUGGCUGAAGCCAAAGAUAAGCUUGGUGUCAUAGAUGACAUACCUGUAGAUGUACAGGAUGUGCAUAACACAAACAAGGAAGCCAGACCUGAGCUUGAUGUCGGAGCUGAUAUGCCUGCAGAUGUACAGGAUGUGAAUAACACAAACAAGGAAGCCAAAUCUGCGCUUGAUGUCAGAGACGACACACCUGCAAACAUACAGGAUGUCAAUGACCGUGCAAAGGAUGAAGCCAAAUGUCAGCCUGAUGUCACAGACUGCAGCUCUGCGGAUAGACAGCGUGAUGUUGAUGCAACGGAAGACAUGGCAGUCCAUGAAAAAGUGUAUGCCGUUGAAGAACAUGUGUCCGGGAAAGAUGAAAGUAAUACACGUGAAAUAACUAAUGAAAGUGAAAGAAAAGUAGCAGCAGAGCUCACUCAUGACGCUGAUAUGGAACUGGACUCUGAGGAGCAGAACACUAUUUAUGAUAUGGAUAUCAGCGAUGGUGAGGAUUCAGAAAACGAAAAUCAAGAAAAGGCGCCUGAGGUGAAUGUCUCUGGUGGUGAAAUUCUUCCUAAAGCGCUUGAGGAAGGCCCUGUAAAGCUGCACGAGGGUGAAAUGGAAACCGUGGCAAGCAAUUAUUCAUCUACAGAGCAUGUGAGCUCAACAUCUCCUAUGUCGAAGGAAGACCGUAGCUCACCUGCUGUUGGUGGCACUUGCAUUCCAACACAGAAUGAUAGUGAAAGCUCAAUGCUUCAUGACCCCAUUGUGGUUCAACAUGAGACACCUGAGGUCAAUCAGUACAAACCCAGAAACGUGCCAGAAUCAUAUGAAAUAAAAGACUCUAACAUCCAGGGCACAACCAAAGAAGCUGAUGAUUUAGCAAUUUUAAAUGCAAAUAAUGUUGGUUCAGGCAAAGAUACUAGAAUGCUAGAGGAGGACACUGACCAAAUACCUCUUGUCUCCACAAUUUGUGAGGGGUCUGCUGCUAAAAGGUUUGAGAUGCAUUACCAUUUUGACAGCAUGGAUGCAUCUCCACCAGCUCUGCAAAUAGAUUCUGAGGCUGAGAUGAACAGCAGAUGCUGUACUCCUACUCUGGAUGAACCACCAUACAGUCAAGGGACUGAUGAACUUUCAAACCUUCAGGAAGUGAAUUUAGAAGACAUUUCUGAAACCGAGAGCUACUGUAUAAAUAAGGGCUCCACCAGUAAAUGGUUAGUGCUUGAUGGUUCUGAGGAUUCGCAUUCUGGAGUAGAGAAGUCUCCAGCUCACAACGAACAAAUCUUCCCUCAGGAGCCUUGUUGGUCCCAUAAUAAGUACGAUGACCCAGUCAAAGAGAGUGAUGAAAGUAAAGCAUUUUUAAUUGAUGAACAUGUGCCCGAGGAGAACUUGGACUAUUCUGACUACGAUACAAUUCCCAAACCUAGAACUACCAAAGAAAUGAAGCCUCAGCAGGAGCAGUUUGGUAAUUUCUUAGAGCAAUAUGAAGAUGAGCAAUAUGAAGAGCUCCCUUCAUCGUGGACACACACAGCGGAAGAAAACGAUCUCGAUGAAUGGUAUGCACAUGAUGAGGAUACACAUUACACAAACCGCGUUCCUGUCCACAGAGAAGUUGCAUAUAGGCCAAGACAGAUUAAGACAGGGAGUAACUCCGUCGUCCCUGGUUGGGUACAAAGAACUCAUUAUUCAGCAUCCAGUCCGGAUGUGGAUGAGCCAAAUGAAAAAGUUCCUUCUUUUAGACAUCGAGGAGGUGUAUCUGAAUCUAAUGAGGAGUCUGAGAGUCAUGGCUCAGAGCCUGUGCAUUACGGUAAAAAGAAACGCAAGAGCAAGUUCUGCCAAAAUGAGCGGGAUGAAGACGACGACUUUAAUGUGACCGUAGACUACAGCAUACAAAAGACCUUUUCAUGUCGCUCGGAUCGAUCAAGCGUAUCAAGGACGCAAACAUCUAGCCCAGAUCAGCAUAAAGGAGACAGCAAGCAGCCUUUUGACUGGCGUAUAUAUUUCAGGAGAGGGGGAAUAUUUGAAUCAAAUGAAAGGAAUGAUGGACCAGUUCACGAUCCACCUUCUUCUAUCGUCACUGUGUUUGACAAGAAAGGGAAUAGAGUAAUAUUUGAAAGUCCUUCCAGUCAAAAGCGAUUAUCAGGCAUCCAUGGUACGAGUCAGAGUGUGGAAGAACAGCGAUCAACAUCUGACACCAAGUCUUUAUUGGAACUUGAGUAUCUUAUCUUUUCAGAGAGGAUGACUUCUUUGCUCAAAAACUGCAAGACUACCUCCAGAGUGAAACCACACCACAGACCCAAUAUCAGCCCUGUUGAAAACCCUAUGACCAUUCAAUUUUCAAGACUUGAUGAGCAGAACAGCUUGCCCGCACUUGAUCAGCCCUGGCCAACUCUUUCUAAGUUUAAGAUAAACGUGGACAUGUCUGAAAGGAAGGCCUCGAAGAAAACUGCAAAGCACACUAAGCCCUUGCAUCUCCAAAGCCUUUUCUGUGAAAGAGGCACUGAAGCAACUUGCUCCAAGUUAUCAGACAUAACCAAAGAAUGUUCAAAGUCUUACCACACGAUGAUGAAUGACAUUUGCAUUGGCAAGACUAUCCCUCAUCAGAAUGACGAGUUGAAAAGAAAAUGGGAUGCUGAGCAUGCUACAACUAGCAAACAGUCUGGAUUCUGUGGUCGCAUCAAAAAGGACAUGUUUGAUCAUCUGCAUGAUAAUUUAAACUCUGUUGUGAGGCAAGCGUGCAAGAACAAGUACAAGUUCUACAUCUUGGUUACAUCAGCGGACCCCUUUUUUGAGGAAACCAAGGAUCUGUUGGAAGCUGAGGGCCACACUGCAGUUGAGCCUUAUCAGUUUGACUUUGAUGCCCAUGGGAAAACUCCUCUCCUCAUUAUCCUGAGAAACGAGGAUGUUGCAGAACACAUAUUUCAGGUCCCAUUUUUACUCGAGUUAAAGAAGUCAUCCAGAGUUCUAUUUGCGGGCAUCGAUCAGCCUGACGAUGUUGUAAACCUCACACACCAAGAGCUUUUUGCCAAGGGAGGAUUUGUGGUUUUUGAUGAAACCGCCCUGGACACACUGAACUUGGAAAAUAUGAAAAAGAUUGUAGGAAUAAUGGAAGAACUAGAUAAAAAAGGGAAGUGGAAAUGGUUUCUGCACUACAGAGACAGCCGCAAGCUUCGAGAAAGUGCAAGGUGCAGUCCUGAGGCACAAAGGAGGAAGCAGUUUGUUGACUGCUGUCAGGAAGCAGGAAUCGUAGAGGUCUUGCCUUAUCACGAGUGUGAUGUCAUUUCACGGGGCAGACCAGACUACCUUCGCUGUCUAGUUUGUCUCCAGAUCCAGAACAUCUCUGCCCGGUUCCCUGUUUUCAUUACAGACACACCAGAUGACACUUUUGAGAAGAACGGGAUUUUAACGAUGAAUAUUUACACAUUCUCACGAAUUCUUUCAAAUGAUACAUGCUCGGUUUCAUAAACUGGUGGCUAAAAUGGUGUCUUGGAACAAUGUACACACCCUACAUAAGUUUUUUUUUGGGGGGGUCGUUGUUUGUUUUUUUUUGUUUUGUACAAAUUGAAUUACUAAUUAUCUGUUGAGUGCUCUUUUGUUCAUAAAUGUAAAUUAUUUUUCAGUGUACAUGUUCAACUUGAUGUGUGUUAAUAUUUAUACUAUAGCCCCAACUAAAGCUUUCAAGAGGAGGCUUCAUGUAUAAAGUUUGAUAUGUAUUAAUUUUAAAUACUGUACAAAAAAUAUCACUGAUAUUUUAGUGUAAUUCAGUUUUUCAUAUGGUUUUAUAAAUCAUAUUGACCAUUUUAAUAAAACAGUUGAUUACUUA